UCCACAAAAUGUUAGUCGAAACACAGAAGUCUACAGAGUUGAAUAUUGAUGUCUAGCACGGGUUUCUUCUCUGACAGAUGCUGAUGUAAAAAACAUCGAUUAAAUGGUCUUUGAACCUCUUACUCAUAGCGUUCGCUUUAUUUGGUGUUUAUUUAUAUUUUUCGAUACAACCCUUUUCUGGUAUUUUGUUUUGGUUAUACAUUGUUGUUUUGGAAAACAAAACACUAAAAGCAAAAGCGCGAAACAAGUUUCACUUCUUAGCCGGACACAAUUAUUUGGUUGUCACUGUAAAUUGCGAUAGAGCCCAGCUUACUUUUGUGUUGAUAGUCCCCAAAGCCACAAACAUAAGAAUUAGUACAUUUUCGGAUCGUCAGCCAAAAACACAUAUAUCGGCAAAAAUUCGGCGCUAUCAAUUGUAUCAAUGACAUCGAACAUGCAUCGAAAUUCGCUGGCAACUGCUGACCUAUUAAGUCCCUCGGCCAUGGACUACAGCAUUUUCCAUCGCACCACAAACGAUGCGUCAAUUAAUUUACAAUUCAAUGAAUUAACUUAUGAAACUGAAAAUUCCAAAAUAUUAGUGAAUGGUGUAAGUGGAAUAUUUCGUGCCAAUGAAUUGACAGCCAUUAUUGGUCCUUCCGGAUGUGGCAAAACAACAUUAUUAAAUCUGUUGUCCGGAUAUAGAAUACGCAAAACCUCUGGCGAAAUAUUGGUCAAUGGCGAACAACAAGAUAUGCAGCGGUUUCGUAAAAUUGCCCGUUAUGUCCUGCAAGAUGAUCACAUUAGUCCCUAUUUUACACUCAUGGAAACGAUGAUGUUUGCCUCCGAACUUAAGAUGGACACCAAAUACAGUCGGGAACAGCGACAAAAAGUUAUCCAUGACAUUUUAGAUAUUUUCGAUUUGGGAUCACAUGUCGAUACGUUGAUUGCCAACUUGUCGGGAGGACAACGUAAACGUCUGUGCAUUGCUCUGGAAUUGAUCGAUAAUCCUUCAGUAUUAUUUUUAGAUGAACCAACAACGGGUCUCGAUGAAUUCUCCGCCUCACAAUGCAUACGUCUGUUGAAAAAAUUAGCCAAAUGUGGCAGAACCAUAAUUUGUUCACUACACUGUCCAUCGGCCACUUUGUUUCAAAUGUUCGACAAAGUCUAUGCCAUGUCCAAGGGUCAGUGUAUUUUUCAGGGAGCGGUAAAUGAUAUUGUGCCAUAUCUGCAACAAUUCGAUUUGAAUUGUCCUCAGACAUAUAAUCCCACGGAUUUCAUUAUCGAAGUGGCCACAAAAACCUAUGGCGAUUUCCAAAAAGAACUGGUUGCAACAAUUCAAAAUGGAAAAAUUGUAAAAUGGCAAGCAGUUCCAUCAAAUAAAUGUGACAAUUAUGAUAUCUUGCAUCCAAAACUAUUGGAAGCCAAACCCAAUUUGGAUAAUACUGCAGGUGUUAAGAAAAAAUAUCCAUCAAUAUACCGGAAUUCAUGGUUCAGUGAAUUUAAAAUUUUAUUUUUACAUAUACUGCAUCAAAUGUGGCGUGACAAGGCAAAUUGUAAACUCAGAAUUGUUAUACAUAUCCUGUGUUCGCUUUUAAUUGGUUUCACCUAUACGGAGGUUACAAGUAAUGCCACGGUUAGCAUUUUCACUUAUCAUCUGUCGAUGAUAGUUAUUAUCAAAUUUUUCUUCCUUCCGAUGGUACCGUUGCUGGCAUGUGUGCCCCGUGACAUGAUGUAUCUGCGGCGGGAAUACUUUAAUCAAUGGUAUCGUUUAAGUGCUUAUUUUAUGGCCUUAAUUAGUGCCCAACUGCCCAUGCUUAGCUCAAUGGCGGUGGUGGGUUCAGCAAUUAUAUAUUUCACCAGUGGUCAGCCCGUUGAGUUGUAUCGCUUUAUGUUCUUUGUGGGAAUCUCGUUUCUAGUAUCUCUGAUGGCAUCAAGUUUCGGCAUACUUUUCGGUUCCAGAUUCAAUGUGGUGCACGCCCUCUUCCUGGCGCCCUAUGUCAUGGUAUUAAUGGUUGUGAUUGCUUCCUAUACUGCGGAACGUAACAACCUCUCCCUGUGGGAACAACUGAUGGUCUACAGUAGUUUCUUAAAAUAUGCCGUCGAUGGUUAUCUUUAUACUUUAUUGGAUUUUAAUCGUCCCGAUUUCCCUUGCCCCUCCAACCAGCUGUUUUGUAUGACCUCUAAACCGAAAUAUAUUCUCAAAUUAGCUGGUAAUUUAAAACCAAGUUAUAUUUUCUCAGUUCUAGGUUUAUUUUCAUUCUAUUUGUUAUUUACAUUCCUGUCAUAUGCAAUAUUUAAACAUAGAUUGGCAUAUCAUAGACAAUCGAACGGGAAAAUAUCCAAAGCUUUAAGUAAAAUAUUUAGUUUUAAAUUAGUUAAAGUUUAAGUGAAAUUUAUAUUUAAUGUAUUAUUUAAAAAUUAAUAUAAGUUUUAGAAUAUAGAAAAUAUAUUUUUUUAUUCCAAAAAUUAUGUUACU